AUGUUGAUUUUCAGAAGUCACAUAUCAAUCGGAGAAGAUACCGAUCAGUUAACAAUUGAUACAUGUGCCAAAAUUGAUAUUGAUAUUAAUAAAGAAGAUAUUAGUGUCAGUCAUCGUAUUGGUAAACUAAACAAUUCUAUGGGUCAACGUCCAAAUGCUAUUAUUGUGCAGUUCUUGCGUUAUUCUACACGUCAAAUGAUACCUAAGAAUAAGAAAAAACUAGAGCGAGGUAUCUCUAUCAAUGAAGAUUUAAUAAAGGUAAAUUUAUCAAUUUUAAGAUUUGCACGCUCGAAAUGUGUAGAGAAAAAACGUAUUUAUACAUCAAAUGGUAAAGUCAUGUAUAAUGAUGGUAAAAAACGUUUUCAUUUAUUUUCAAUUCAACAUGCUAAAGAUUUAAUUGAUGAUGAAAGGAAUUGA